AAGUGGCGAGUGUAUCCGCUUCUUCCUCUGCGCCCUGAUUUCGAUUCUGUUGUUAACUUUAGAAAGCUGGGGGACAGACUGCUGGGUGCUACUACCGCAGUGAUAGGAUCGGAACGCUUCCCUCACUGCAAGGGCUGAUUAGUAGCAGUGGCUGACAGCAACCUCGGGGAGUUAGACAGAGUAAAACAGAACUGAUGUACUGUAACAUGCAUUAAAAAAGAGACUUAAAGCACUGAGGUUUACAAUAUGGAUGAAUUUUACAAGAUCUCUUCCACUGAGAGAGUCCAGCAGUUGGAAAAAGAACUAGCUGUUCAACUGGCAGAGCUGAAGACAGAAAUAGAAGACAAUGGGGUACUGCAGGGAACACCAGAUAGAGCUUACAGCUCUGUUCCGAUACCAAAGGACGCUUCGUAUUUCAGAAAAGAAAGGGAGGUGAUACUGAAGAAAGUUUUACAGGUAGCAGAGGCAAAACCUCUUGUUGUUCAGGCUGCUGUCAUGCAGAGGGAGCUAGAGAGCUGUCUGAGAAGAGAGUAUACAGCAGAAAGCUUACCUCUGUUACUGCACCAGUUUUUUACAGACAGAAUUACCCAUCUGGUCCAGAGUAAAUACUUACACAUGCUUAGAUGGAAGAGAUUUUGUAGGCACAGCAGUGUUAUUGAACAGCUUUAUCCCCUCUAUCAGAAACAAAUUGGUCACAUUAUGCAGGAGUACAACGAUGCUGUUCAGAGGGCUGCGAGACUGUCGGCUGCACGACAGAACUUCCUGACAGGAAAGAAAAAUUAUGUAACUAUAGUGACACAGGAAGACCUGGUUAUUUACAUGCAGUGGUUAGUGUGUCACCUACACUCUCUCAAGGCCAUUCACAGCUACCUUAGGGACCACACAGCAAGGAUGCUGUAUUCACGCUGCCCCAACACACAACAGAGACUGAAGAAUUGAAACCUCAGCUCCGACUUCUGCUUUCUCACUUUGGUGUCUGCUAUGAUACGGAGAAUCUCAAGAACUCUGCUAAUGAGAUGGAGCUUUUUUCCCUGGUCAUCCGGAAAUUUCGAAGUGUCUUCAGCAAACAGCAGACAAUGAGAACCUUUCCAGUGUAUGAUGCAGGGGUGCCUGGGGCAGAAAACUGGGGUAUUUUAGGACCUAGCAUGGCUUUGAAAAAGAGAGCCAACUGGAUUCCUUUUAUAAAGAUUAAGCCCAAACAAGAUCCCUGGCAGCAAAAGCUUUUGGCAAAACUGAAACAAUGGAAAAAAGUGGAUGAACUAUUGCAUCUUCAAUCAAAGUUUUUAGAGGUUUCUGAUAUGGAGCAAGUGAUUGACGUUCUCCAGGAGCAUGCGACAGAAGUGCUAGAGCCAAGUCCAGUGCGAUCAAGUUUUGUGACUUCUCACAGCUCAAGACAGCAUAACUAUGAUCGAAUCUGGGAGAGAAUUUAUAGCAACUCAGAGCUCCAGCAGGAUCAAAACACAGAGGAUAAUAAUCCUGCCGUGGCUAUGAAUGAGAAGGGUAUGGAAACGAUCAGUCUCAGCAAGAAUCCAGGAUCUUCCAGGAAGAAGAAAGAAAGAGGGUAUAGUUUCGUAACCACCUUGCAGCUGCUGGGUUUAGAUGAGGGCACAGAGGCCAACAAUAAGGACCUGAUCAUGAGGAAAGGAGCCUACUUGUCCGUCCUUUACUUACGUCACCUGAGAAUCAGAGAGCUCCAGCGGGUCUGCCUGGGAAUCCUGAACUACUUCAGAUCUGUUGAGCGAACUUUAACAAUCAGCACCUCAGGUCUCACCCUGCAUGCUGGUAAUCUAGUCCCCAGUGCUGAAGAUACCUGUUGGGUAAAUGCUAUCAAAGGAGGCAUUGGAGUUUCUGGUGGUCUUGGUUCUCACCACUAUGUCCAUUAUACACCAGCUGACUUCAAGGUCCACAGUACACAGUUCAUGGAAUUUUCUGAGGUGGAAAAUCAUGAUGACUUUUACACCACUCAAGAUGAAUACAUUCACACACAGGACCAGCGAGGAGCUUACAUCAUGUACGAUGUAGCUUUAAAGGACCUGAAGGACCUUGAAAAUCAGCUGCUGCUCGUGGCAAGCCAGUACAUUGAACAAGAUAAAAGCUACGUGACAUACCAUCAAUCCAGGGAUGACAACCUCUUAGCGUGGGCGCAUGCAUCUGUGGAUCGAUUUGCGGUGCUGCUUGACAUUUGGACUUGUGAAGCUGCUCUCUUAGAGAAUAAACGUCAGCUUCUAGAUGGUUACUUUGAGGCUUACCAGCAUGCUCUGGAUACAGAGGAAAGAUUUGCUUUGGCCCAAGCAAUAACUGACAUCAUGCACAAACGCCCACGAUUUGAUCUCAGCCUCAGGUAUUUUGUGAACACUUACGAUGAUGAAUGCAUCUGCCUCAGGCUUCAGUUGCAGCUGGUGAGAGAGAUAUUCAGCCAACAUAUAGAUGCCCAGCGGGAAUAUGUCCAAAAGAUUUGGCGAAAAGAUCAGACAGGUGGUAUCAAUGUAUUUGGACUUCCCCAUAAUAUAAUUGCUAAGCAACUUAUCUCUCUGAACAACAGUUGCCCUACUUUGAAGAACAUUUACUUGCUGGAGUUUCACCCUUCCCUGGGCCUGGCAUCUUUAAUCCCGAAAGCUCUUGAGUACGUCUCUCAGGAGUUCUAUAGCAUCUGUAGACCAAAAACACCCAGUGAGGCAACUAGUCUAGAAAAACAAGUACUUCAGCUAGCAGUGGAUGAAUGGCUGGCCAUGGAAAAGCCUGAAUCUUCAUACAGCUCUCAAAUUCAGAAAGAUUUAUUUGCAGACACACUGCUGGAAGACCCACUCCUUGUGCGGGAUGUUGCUAUGUUAGCACUAGAGUCAGGAACAGAUGAAGAAAAGAAGCAAGGCAGAGAAAAAAAAGCCUUUAUUCUGGACAUCUUCUCCAGACUCCUGGAACUCAUCACACUCCGCCAUCGAUUGAUAGAGGCAGCCCUGGAGAGUGCACAGUUGUCUAGAAUGUACAAGGCAUUUGCAGGGGAGAUGGGUUUUGAUGAGUUCCAUUUAUAUUUGAGGCCAGUGCACUUUGAAUUUGCAUCUCACAAGGAGAAAGCAGACCAGCCCCCACCAAUAUUCAUUACAGCUCUCCUAGAAGAUGACAGUAGUGUGGACAGAUAUAUUCCAUCGAAUUUAUUGUUAAGCAUUCAAGAGAUUGACAAUAAUCAAAUUGGAAAAUUUAGCUUUCAUACAAGAGAUGGUGUUAUUCAGCUCUUAUCCCCAUCUGGAGUGGAGAACAUGCAGAUCACUCUUGCCUGUCAAGUCACUCAAAAAAAUGCUCUUAUUGUUGCUGUUCAGCAAGCCUCAUUUUGUCACAUGAUCCAGCCUACACGUACAGUGGACAUGAAGGAAGCAAAUUUAAGUUUGAAGAGUCAAAGCAGCUCAGCAAGUGGAAGAAAUUCAAGAUCUGGAAAUGAAACAGAAAAACAGUCACUGAUGGCUGCACCAGCAACUUCAUAUUCUACAGGGCACCCUUUAGAUGGACACUGGACCAUUAAAAGGCCUCCAGAAGCUUUUGUAUCCAUUCAGUUGGAGAAACUGGGACCACGGGACAUGAUGCUGAACACGUUCAUUCAUAAGAAAGAAAUCAUGGGCAGCAGAAUGCAGAACCCUAAUGAAGAGGAAAAAAUCAAAAGAGAAGUUAUUGCUGAAUACUGUCAUAAAUUGAGCCAUCGUAUGUCACUGUAUGCCCUGCGAGGCCAGAUCAUUGCAUACUACAAUAGUCUGAAAAUCCUGCUAGAAGAUUUCCCUGUCAUCAGAGACAAAUACUUCAUGAUUGGGCUAUCUCAAGAGAAAAAGGGGACCAGAGACUCAAAGGAAAAUCUUGAGGCUGAUCCCAGGUCAUUUCAGGCACGACCACAUCGUUUGUUGUCUCCUGAUGGGCAAGCCUUCCUCAAUUUGUGGUUCAUUCCUCACCCUUCUGAGGUGCUGAUUAUGUUUAAAAUGCUGCCAGAGAAGGCUGCUUACAGAGCACUCAGGCAGAGCCUGCAGAUUGUGGCAGCACUUCAUGACAUCGUUUCAUACCUUUUCAGCUUUGCUCAAUUAGGAAACUCCCCAAACUGUUUUGAUUCCCUAAAUCCAGAGCCUCUGACCGCGGACUGGGGAGGGAACGAAAGGAUCGGAACUGAACUUCAAGAGCUACAAAAAAUGAUUGACAGCCUUCAAAACCCCUUGGAUCCUAACAAAGUUGCCCAACUGCUAAUCAUUCAAAGAGAAGUUAUGUUUCUACAGUUUGAUGCAGCAGUCAGACAUUUAUUACGAGAAGUAUAUUUGUCCUCUGGGAAUAGUUUGGCUUACCAGAGUGUUACAGACAGUAUGCACCAUGGGCUGCCUCCCCUGAGUAACUCUGCAGUAAGGAGUAUAUUUGCCUCACAGCUCUGGCUCCCGCAGCUACUGGACCCACGCAGCCCCAUCACAUUGACACUGUUUCCUUGGAGGGCAUUUCUAAUAGAUGGAGGACCGUUUCCAGUCACUAUCCACAAUCUAAAUACCAUAAAUUAUAACAUGCAGUUGUGUCUGUGCAGUCUGAGUGAUGACGACCGAAGAGUUGCUCAUGGGGAGCUGGUCGGGAUGCAGUUUCUAAUGGAGGAUAUACUGCAGAGUAGCUAUGAUGUUGUUAUGGAAGAUCAUGCUGAAUGGCAAACUGCUGUAACUAAGAAAAAACAGAAUUUGGCAGAAGUUGAUGAAUCACAUGCCAGUUGGUCAGAGAGCAGCAGAAAGACUUGCAAAGCUCCGCCAAGGCUGCACGAUCCAGUUACUUCACGUGCUUUGCUGAGAUCUUUUCUGAUAACGUGGAAGCAAUUGGAAGUAUUAAAGGCAGAAUGGGGUAGACUUAAACUGAAAGUCGAGGAUAUCAAUACAGUUCCUCUUUACAAACAGUUUGCUGAGCUAUAUGGCACUGACAUCCUAUACCCUGCUAUGAGAGCCAUUGCCAGGCAGAUGGGCACAGAAGAUGAGUUUGAAGGACUUGUAACAAGCUCUCAGUCUAUACUUCCCCCCAAAGGAGCAUCAGAAAUUGAAGUCAAAACACGGCAGCUUCAAAAACUGCUGGAAAGUCUAGAAAUACACAUGAUCCAUGAUGUGAAAAAGAAAAUUAACCAGGAGAUGACACUAGUUACAUCUGAAAGAGCAAGAGCAGGAAGCGGCCUUCCUACAGAGCUCUGGAAGCAUCGAGUCAUGCAAGAAAACUUCUCAGUUGUAAGACCACAAAUAGUCGAAACAUUUGUUCAGAGACUAAUGGAAAAUUACCAAGAAUCUGAUGUAGAGAUUACAUUUAAAAAAAGCCAUUUACAAAACUGCCUAACUGCACUGGGCUGUGACAUCAUGGCCAGAGAGCGCAGCAACUUUGAGACUUACACUGUGUUUUAUGAAAAUCUGCUUCAGCAGGAACAUCAGCUACUCUAUCAAAAAGAACAGGAACUGCAUGUAGUAGAAGACGGUGGAAGGCAGACUGAUGUAAACCUUAGUCAGAUAGCAGAGCUGAGUCAUGAGAUGAUUAUGGAAAUAACUGCUCUAAGAGCCAGACUCACUAAUCUAGAAAAAGAAAAUCUCUGUCUCAAAGAGGAGAUAAGGAAAGAAGUACAAGAUGAAUAUGAAACGUUAGUGCAGAAUCUAUUUGUGACUUGUUUACAUCUAAAAGGGAAGCUAGAUGACUAUCGCCUUAAUAUGAGCCGACAAGUAUUUGAGAUCAUUAGUGAAGUGAGAAAAGAAGGGGUUGACAAUAUGAUUGAUUUGAAGAAAAAAUUUGGUUCCACUAAAGAUGAUGAUGGAUUGAAAGAACAUUUGUCUAAACAAGAGCAGCUGCAGACCUUGCAGGAUGAAAACACCAGACUAGGGGAGCUGGUGUGUAAGCUGAAAGUCCUGAGCUGUUGGAAGCAGACUAUUCAGAAGGCACAACUCUCUGUAAAGCUGAGAAAUGCAGAGAAGGAGGCCCUUCAAAACAAAGAAGAGUGUUUGAAUGCUAAGAUGCUGGCAGAACAAGAGGUGCUUUUAUUUCGUCAGCAGCUGGUGGCUAUAAGGAAGGCUCUGGCAAAAUCUCAAGCAGACAAUGAAAGACUAAAGAAACAGUUAGAUAAGCAGAAACACUUGCUACAGGAAGUAGAACAUAGGAUGACUCAAGAAGCCCAGAGCAGGCAACAGUUGGAUGUGAUGAAGGCAGCAAACAUGGAGAAGAUGCUGGAAGACAUGGGGCAGAAAGAACAGAGGCUGCAAUGUCUGACCGAAGAUGCUGAGAAAUCUUCUCAAAUAGUGCAGCUUCAGCAAAAACGGAUCAAAAAAGAAAUGCGGCAGAUAAGAAGCCAGUUGAUCCAAGAACGUAGUUUAAAACUGGAUGCCUUCCAGUGGGUGGAUGAACUGCAGUGUCAGGUUUAUGACUUGGAAGCUGUAACAUCCCAGAGAAACUCACCCACAGGAAUGAAGAAGAAGUCCAUUAAUCUGAUGUCUUCUAGUGCUAGCAGCGUAAGAAGUCCUUUGUCAGGUUCUGCAUCAUGGGCCCAGCGCACAGUAAUCUCGGCAUCCACUCUACCCAGGGAUUAUAAGCAGAAUCCCUUGACUCCAGAUCCCAAAGGUAGCAAUAUAACAUCAGGAAAGACUGAAAGGCCAAAGACUGUGCCCAGCAGAUGGAAGAACAGAGUGAUAGAUGCUCUUUUACCAGACCUGGCUGAACACACACAACGUCCCAUCCUCAUGCAGCAGCAUGAACACAGGCUGGCCCAAAAGUGAGCUGAAAUGUACUUUUGAUUAAAAUCAGAGGGUGUUUUCAGACCUAUGCAUUUGUAACUGAUCUGGCUAACAUGGAGUGGGCUAAUGAAAUUUAUGCAAAGUCAAACUGAUGUACAAAGUAACACGUGCUCUGACUGGGCCCUGGUCUACACUACAAACUUAUAGAGGUAUAAAUAUGUUGCUGAGAGAUGGUUAUACCGACCUAACUCCCAGUGUAGACAGUGCUAUGUUGGGGAGGUGGAAUACCUACGCUGAUGAGAGAAGCUCUCCCAUUAGCGCAGGCAGCAUCUUCACAAAGCGCUAUAGCGGGGCAGCUGGCCCGUUGUAAGUGUAGACAAGGCCUGACAAUCCUUUACUGGUGUGAACUGUGAAAGGCUUUUUGUUUUAUAAAGAUUGUGCAUAUUUGGCAAUAUGCACAGGUAUGGAGAACCCCCAAAAUAUUAACCACAUUCCAGGAUUUGCUAUGGUCAUUCAGUGACAGACCUGCAGGUGGCUAUAUUACAACAGAAAAACUUCAAAAACAGACUCCAACGAGAGACUGCUGAGC